CGCUGCAGCAGUUCCGCUGAAUGUCCGCUUCUGCUACCGAGGAGGGAUUAGUGAGAAACACCCCGGGACGACAUCGGCUUCACAGUUUGUCGGCCACCGGGUUUCACAGUUCGCCCCCAGCAGAGGAUAGCCUUACUAUUCACAACACUUCGGAGAUUUAGGGAUGAACUGAGGAUGAAUGUAAACCAGCACACUCCAAUGGCCUCUCCGUACGGCCAGCCCCAGCCUGGCUACGGCCAGCCCGGCUACGCUCCGCUGGACGGGGGAUACCCCGCGCCCUACGCGCCCUACAACGGCCCCGCUUCAGCAUACCAGCAAGGGGCUCCACCGCAAGGUUAUUCUCCUUUCACAAGCUUUCCCUCUAAGGCUGUGGCUGCCAACCCAGUCUCUGACCUCUCCUCUCCUCUUGACUUAGGUCCUGCCAGGGGUCCUCCCGCCUCUGCAGCCCCUCCAGUCUCAGCACCUCAACCAUAUAAUCAGUACAGUCAAGGGGACAUGCAGAAUGGCCCCCCACCAAUGACGCAGGCACCACCCAGGCCUGCUGUGUCUCAGCCAUACAACCCGGGAGCUGUGAGCCUGUCGGGGCCACAGCCCUCUUAUCCACAGCAUUACGGGGCCCCACCCUCAAUGCAGCAGGUCACUAACCAGAUGACUGGGAUGCACAUCACCUCUGGACCACCAACUCCUGCAGGGCCAGGAUAUGCUCCUCCUCACAGCUCGCAGCCUCCUGCCAGCACCGCGUACUCAGCCGCACCUCCACCCUCUUACACCCAAGCCCCUCCCCCUGCGUCCUCAGCCCCGACCCAGCCACCACCUCCCAGUGGCCCCGCAGCCUCUCAGCAAUACUACGGAGGCCCACCGCCUCCUUCUCAACAGCCAUUCAACGCUCCCGCUCCCCCUACCUCUCAACAGCAGUUCACCUCUCCUGCGCCGCCACCUCCUUCCGCUCAGCAAACCUACCCCCCCUCCUCCUUCUCGGGUCCCGCGCCUCCACCUAGCCAAGCUCCCGCUCCCCCAGUGUCCCAGCCACAGCUGUCCUUCCCGCCAACCCAGCCUCCCUUCUCCUCUGCACCUCCACCCGUCGGCCAGCCCGCUUUCGUCCCCGGCCCGCCUCCCCCAGCCCAGGGCUCCUUCCCACCUAGAGCGCCCCCUCCUUCCUCUCAGCCAGGGUCUUUUCCUCCUCCUGGUCCUCCUCCAACCUCAAUGGCCUCUGGUCAGUACCCAGGCCCCAUGCCCCCCCAACAACAGCCGCCUCCAUCCCAGCCAUCCCCCUACCACUCAGGCCCCCCUCCUCCCAGAUCUCAGAUGCCUCCCACCUCCAUGGCGCAGAGCAACCACCUGCCUCCAGGUCCACCGGGCCCUCUAGGUCCUCCUGGGCCCAUGCAGCAGCCUCCACCUCAGCCUGGCAUGCAGGGAGGAUACCCUCCUCAGCAAAAUGGUGCAUUUGGGCAGGUGAGAGGCCCUCAGCCUGGCUAUGCAGGCCCGUAUCCCGGGCAACCAAACUAUGGAGCCCCCGCUCCAGCACCGGCUCCCGCUCCCCCCGCACAGAAAAGACUUGACCCAGAUGCCAUUCCUAGCCCGAUCCAGGUCAUAGAGGAUGACAAGGCUAAGACCACCGAGCCAUUCACCACAGGGGUCAGAGGUCAGGCCCCACCGCUGGUCACCACCAACUUCCAGGUCAAAGACCAAGGGAAUGCCAGUCCCAGGUUUAUUCGCUGUACGGCCUACAACAUGCCUUGCACAGCCGAUAUGGCCAAGCAGUCUCAGGUGCCUCUGGCCGCCGUCAUCAAGCCCCUCGCCACGCUUCCGCCAGAUGAGACGCCUCCGUACCUGGUGGAUCACGGCGAAGGCGGUCCAAUCCGCUGCAACCGGUGCAAGGCCUACAUGUGUCCGUACAUGCAGUUCAUAGAGGGCGGUCGGCGCUUCCAGUGUGGCUUCUGCAGCUGCGUCACAGAGGUGCCUCCACAUUACUUCCAGCAUCUGGACCACACUGGUAAGAGGGUGGACUGCUACGACAGGCCGGAGCUCUCGCUGGGCAGCUACGAGUUCCUGGCCACGGUUGAUUACUGUAAGAACAACAAGAUUCCUCAGCCUCCUGCCUUCAUCUUCCUUAUCGACGUUUCCUACAACGCUGUGAAGAGCGGCAUGGUUAACAUCGUCUGCCAGGAGCUGAAGACUCUACUGGACUACCUGCCCAGGGAGAACCCAGAGAUGGACUCGGUGGUGCGGGUCGGUUUCGUCACCUAUAACAAGGUUUUGCACUUCUACAACGUCAAGUCGAGCCUGGCCCAGCCUCAGAUGCUGGUGGUGUCGGAUGUAUCAGACAUGUUUGUGCCCCUGCUCGACGGCUUCCUGGUCAACGUCAGUGAGAGCCGGCUAGUUAUCGAGAGUUUGCUGGACCAGAUCCCAGAGAUGUUUGCAGACACCAGGGAGACCGAGACGGUCUUUGGACCCGUCAUCCAGGCAGGACUGGAGGCACUCAAGGCUGCAGACUGCUCAGGGAAGCUGUUUGUGUUCCACACAUCUCUGCCCAUCGCAGAGGCUCCUGGAAAACUCAAGAACAGAGAAGACAAGAAGCUGAUUGGGACAGAUAAGGAGAAGUCUCUGUUUCAGCCCCAGGUGAGUUUCUACAACAACCUGGCGAAGGAGUGUGUAGCACAGGGCUGUUGCGUGGAUCUCUUCCUGUUCCCCAACCAGUAUGUGGACGUUGCCACGUUAGGGGUGGUUCCUGUCUCCACUGGAGGUUCUGUCUACAAAUACACCUACUUCCAGGCUCAGUCGGACAAGGAGCGAUUCCUCAACGACCUUAGACGAGAUGUUCAGAAACUCGUAGGCUUUGAUGCCGUCAUGAGGGUGCGAACCAGCACAGGUAUCCGAGCGACAGACUUCUUCGGCUCCUUCUUCAUGAGCAACACGACAGAUGUGGAGCUUGCAGGCCUGGACUGUGACAAGGCCAUCACGGUCGAGUUCAAACACGAUGACAAACUCAGCGAGGAGUCGGGGGCUCUCAUGCAGUGCGCCGUGCUGUACACCAGCUGCAGCGGCCAAAGGCGUCUCCGCAUCCACAACAUGGCGGUCAACUGCUGCUCGCAGCUGGCUGACCUCUACCGCAACUGUGAGACCGACACAAUCAUCAACUUCUUCUCCAAAUACGCUUACCGAGGCCUCCUGAACAACCCCACUAAGGCGGUGAGAGACACUCUGGUCAACCAGUGCGCUCAGAUUUUGGCCUGCUACCGAAAGAACUGUGCAAGCCCCUCAUCAGCUGGUCAGCUGAUCCUUCCAGAGUGUAUGAAGCUGCUGCCGGUCUAUCUCAACUGUGUGCUGAAGAGCGACGUGCUGCUGCCGGGAGCAGACGUGUCGCUGGACGACCGGGCGUACCUGAGGCAGCUGAUCAGCUGCAUGGACGUCACGGAGAGCCACGUCUUCUUCUACCCCCGCCUGCUGCCACUGGUGAAGUUGGAAAGCGGGUCGCUGCCGGUGGCGGUGAGGGACUCGGAGGAAAGGCUGUCUAAAGGCGGAGUUUACCUCCUGGAGACGGGACUCCACCUCUUCCUGUGGGUGGGAGCCAGCGCUCAGCAGGAGCUGCUGCUCAACAUCUUCGGCACGCCGAGCUUCAGCCAGAUCGACCCGAGCUUGUCAAGUCUGCCAGUGCUGGAUAACCCCUUAUCUCAGAGACUCAGAGAGAUCAUCGAAUCCUCCAGAGCGCAGCGAUCACGAUACAUGAAGCUGAUGGUGGUGAAACAGGAAGACAGAGCCGAGCUGAUAUUCAGGCACUUCCUGGUCGAGGACAAGAGCGCCAGCGGGGGAGCGUCAUACGUGGACUUCUUGUGUCACAUGCACAAGGAGAUCCGCCAGCUUCUCAGCUAGGCGCACAGAUACACACCUUCACCUGUGUAACCCGAACACCGCCCCCGCCCCCUGGUUCACCCUUCCUUGUGAAAGAAAGCGCUUUAUCUCUUUUUCUUUUCUUUUUUUUUUAACCUAAUAUACUAAAGCUCUCCUUGCUGUCUGUCAGCUGAGAGACCGGCUGGCAGAUUUCGUUGUGUGUGCGUGUGUUAGUGCGAGCGUGUGCGUGAGAGAGUCUGAUGUUAAUAGAGCUUUACUCUGCCUCAAAUCUACUGCUCCGACACAGCUGGAGCAAAAUAACUGACGAGGGAGGGUAAUGUACAUACACAAGUGAACAAUUAUGUAUGCAACAGACUGCGUGAGUGACGGAGGCGGCUGGUGUUGACUGUAGUCGGUGAACUGUCUGUAUUACUAGCACUGAAAGGCUGUUUUGGGUGCAUUAAUGACCCUCAGAUAGCAAAACACUUUUUAUAUGAUUGAAUCCCAAUAGAGUGAAGGACAUCUACCUACAUUAGAUGACAUUAAUGGAAUUAAAUAAAUGCUGUUCUUUCUGUUUCCCCUUUAAUCAUGGCCUUAGUACUCACCUCCCCAUGCUGCUCCAAUCAUACAUUAUCUGUGUGUGUGUUUGUCUCUGUGUGUGUGUGUGUGUGCACGUUCCCAGAUGUGAGAGGAAUUAGUCGCCCACUGCCCAGUUAUUUCCCGCUGUGUCUCCAGGUGUGAGCAUUCAAACUGAAGCCACCGUAGAAGGAUAGUGUGUACAUUUUGAAGUGGGGUUGUACAAGGCACUUAUUUGUAGUGAGUUUAUUACAUACAGUACACUGUAAAAGCUGACAGGUUGAAUUUACUUUCAAAAAAAGAAACCAAUUGCCUUGCAAAAUGUAAGUAAAUAUAACUAUUAUUAGCUUAUGUUUACUUGAUAUCGAAGUGUUAAGUUUACGUGAACUUUUGCUGUAUUUAAUUUUGUGAAGUUGUUGCAACUUAAAAUGAAGUGAAAUUACCUCGUUCUUUCUCAAUUUUAGAAACUUGAGUAACCAUGCUAGUCUGACUUAAAGGUGGAUUUGCCGAUGAUGAAGUUACAACUGUGAGUUCUGUUUUGUGAACACGUUUGCGAAAAUACAAAUACGAUUGACUAAUUUUCCACCAGUAGAAUG